UGUGCCUGUGAGGCACGUAACAUCGAACUUUCACACUUGCAUCUUGCAUCAUGCAUCUUGGAACUUGCUAAAACUUCGAUAUCACGAUCCGACCUAUAAGCUACGAACAAGAUGAUUACCGGCAUCGCCCACAUCAACCUGACCGUUCCCGAGGGAAGCCUUCACCUCGCCGACGAGUUUUAUCGAGACACCCUGGGUUUGAAGAAGGUACCCGUUCCGAAAGCUCAAGAAAACAGUUUAGCUUGGUUCGACAUCGGCACGAGCGGACAACAGGUUCACAUUUCCCAUCCCAACAACCCUUCCGAGCUACUCCAGGCCACCUCCCGUCAACAUCCUUGCUUCAAGAUCGGGAACAUGGAAGGCCUGAUCGAGCUUCAGACGAAGAUCUGGGAGCAUUACGAGACGGGAGGCGAUUCCGCGCCCGUAGCUGCAGACAAGGUUGGCGGAGAAAACAGUGGAGCCAAAGGAGAGGAAUAUCCUAGCAGGUUUUUCGCCCGAGACUAUGCGAACAACAGGUUGGAAUUCAGUCUCUAAGGGAGGACGUUUAUUCGGAGGAUACGAGGGAAUCUUGUAUGUCAGGUCGCCCAUCCUGCUUGGGAACAGCUCGAAGCUCACUUUGUAUCAUGCAAAUAUAUCAAAGGAAUUAAUUUGGG